GAUGCGGAACUAUAUAAUACAAGAAUGAAAAGUAUGUCGGAAGCAUUUUUGUGACGCUCUCUUUCAUGGACGUUAGCUGACAAUCAAAAUACUGGAUUGAUGUUGGCCAAUUUGUCAGCCAUGAUGACCCAUGGGUUUAAGAGCAGUAAGCAAGACUUCACAUUCGGACCAUGGAAAGUGACUGCUGCAAAAACCCACAUCAUGAAAUCUAAGGACAUUGAACGGUUAGGGGAGGAGAUGCACAUGCCCUCGCUCCCAGAGAUGCUGUUUGGGGACAACAUUCUACGCAUCCAGCACACAGACGGUUAUGGUAUUGAGUUCAACGCCAUCGAUGCCCUCAAGAGGGUCAACAACAUGCAGGACUCUGUGAAAGUGGCCUGUGCACAGGAAUGGCAAGAGAGCAGGGCUGAUUCGGAACACUCCAAAGAGGUAGUAAAGCGCUACGACUGGACAUACACCACAGACUACAGAGGCACCUUGUUAGGAGAGGACCUGCAGAUGAGGGCGACAGAAACGUCAGAGCGCAUCGACAUGGAGAAGCUGAAGGCACGAGAGCAGAUCAUGUUCUUCGACGACGUGCUUUUGUUUGAGGACGAGCUGCACGAUCACGGCGUGUCCAUGAUCAGCGUCAAAAUACGAGUGAUGCCCACCAGUUUCUUCCUGCUUCUGCGGUUCUUCCUGCGAGUGGAUGGAGUUCUGAUCCGGAUAAAUGACACGCGGCUCUACCACGAGGCUGGAAAGAAUUACAUGAUCAGAGAGUUUAGUACUCGGGAAAGCAACAUUUCAGAAUUGCAGAACGUCCCUGCUGCUCUGUUCACUGACCCCAAUGAGAUCUCCAAGCACUUAACCCUGAAACUGACUAAGUGUGAAAAGCUGGAGCUCCCUGAGACAGGCCCUCAGCCAGGGGACACAGAGGCCCCCCAGUGAGGGAGAGCAGGCUGGGCCCUGUGACUGGACAUCACAUUCACUUGUGUCUGGACUUAAGACAAGGGCGGGCCAACCAAGGAAGCGUUUACCCUCCCUCUACUCUAUAACAAAAUACGUUUAGUGAAUUUUUUAAAAAUAAACCGAGAACACUG